AUGUCUUGUUUGGACUGUUCCUGUAUUCUGCGUACACCAGUUGAAGCAAUCAGACCAGAAGAGCUAUCACAGAGCAGUGCCCAUGAGUGCCUGGCUGAUUCUGAUCUAGCCUGGAUUCCCCCAUCUACAGGAAGGAAUGAAAUGGUAUUUUGCUCUUCAAAUGUCUCUCACUAUGAACUUCAGCUGGAAAUAGGAAGGAGGUUCAACAACUUAACUUCAGUCUACCUUGCACGGCAUACACCCACAGGCAUGCAGGUUGCUGUGAGGAUCACAGACCUAGAAAAUUGCUCUGAAGAGCAUUUGGAAGCCUUACAGAAUGAGGUGAUUUUAUCCCACUUUUUCCAGCAUCCCAACAUAAUGACACUUUGGACAGUAUUUACAGCUGGUAGUUGGCUUUGGGUCAUCUCCCCAUUCAUGGCCUAUGGUUCAGCUAGACACUUGCUGAAGACUUACUUUCCAGAAGGAAUGAGUGAAGCAUUGAUAGGGAACAUUCUGUUUGGUGCAAUCAGAGGACUAAAUUACAUGCACCAGAAUGGCUACAUCCACAGGAAUAUUAAAGCUAGCCACAUUCUGAUUUCAGGGGAUGGGCUGGUUUCUCUCUCUGGCUUAAACAACCUCUACAGUUUAGUCAACAAUGGGCAAAAGUCAAAGGUGGUCUAUGAUUUCCCCCAGUUCAGCACAUCGGUGCUUCCUUGGCUGAGUCCUGAGCUACUGAGACAGGAUUUGUCUGGGUAUAACAUGAAGUCUGACAUUUACAGUGUGGGAAUUACAGCAUGUGAAUUAGCCAAUGGACACGUUCCAUUUCAAGAUAUGCCUCGCACUCAGAUGCUGCUGCAAAAGCUGAAAGGUCCCACAUACUGUCCUUGGGAUACAAACACCUUUCCCCGUGGGGAAUCCAGGAUGAAGAAUUCCCGAUCAGGUGUUGAUUCUGGAAUUGGUGAGAGCAUGACACGCACAAUGACCAGUGAAAGACUGCAAAUUCCCUUCUCCAAAACAUUUUCACCUGCUUUCCACAACUUGGUAGAACUUUGCUUGCAACAGGACCCUGAGAAAAGGCCAUCUGCAAGCAGUUUGCUUUCGCAUACGUUCUUCAAACAGAUAAAAGAGCAAACUCAGAAUUCACUGCUGUCUCUAUUACCACCUCCUGCUCAAAAUAACAGAUCGGAGUUCUUGGCACUGCCCUCAACAGCCAUGGGGACUGAACUUGGACAUAUUACUGCAAAUCAGGAUGACACAGACUGGGAAUUCUAAAUAAGCACCAAACAAUCGUACCUCUCCUGUGCUUCAAAGAAGGAAAAUGUGACACGUAUUUGCUGCUUUAGUUUGUAUGGUUAAAAUAGUCAGACAAGGUAUACUUGAAAGUGCCAUUGAAGUGGCCACGUUUCAUUAACUACUUCCUCUGUUGGCAUCAUGAAGUGCAGCGUGCUUCACUUUCUGAUCAUAAAACUGUAUGUAGGGAAUGGCUGAAU